AUGAAUCACACAGGGUUUGAGAAAACAAGCUUGUCUUGGAAACACAACACUAGGCAAAGAGUAGCUACUAGAAACCAGCAUAAGAGGAGAUGCAUGUUCAGGAUUCCUUGGCGGUGUGAACUCUCUCCCAUUGAGUUUCUGAAGGGUGUUGCAGAUAAAGUCACGGAAGCUAUGUGCUUGAAAUCUGUGAGAAGAUCUUCAAACCGAGGUUCAUUUUCCAUGAGAAGAUCAAAACCCAUAGUUGCUUCUGUUGAUUAUUAUAGAGCAGCUGCUGUUGAGGACUGCAUUGAGUUCAUGCAUUCUUCCUUUUCUAGAUCAAAUUCUUUAACAGCAACACCAGGAGAAGAAAUUACUUACAAAUACUCUUUUAAGAAAAUUUGA